AGAAAAAAGAAAAAAUACCCACUUUCUGCAGCUGACAAAAAUGGCCAUCUUCAAGAGUCUCUUGUUUCUGAGUGGUUCAAAACAUGGCAUUAUCCAAGAGCACAAUUCCCUCCUCUUUUCCACUGGCCAUCCCUUCCGUCCCAAAUUCAAAGAAUAUUGAAAGAAUUGCUUCACUACAUGGACACUCAAAAAUUCCCAAAUUCAUCACUCACUCAAUUUCAAGAAAUGGAACUUCCUCUCUUGAAUCUGAUGUGCCAUUUCCCCGCGACUAUGACGAACUUCUUCAACAAGCCAAAACAGCAACAGAAUUGGCUUUGGGGGAUAACAAACAGUUGAUGGAAAUUGAAUUCCCAACAGCUGGUCUUGAUUCUGUUCCAGGUGAUGGUGAAGGUGGUAUAGAAAUGACUGGGAGCAUGCAGUUAAUUCGUGAAUUUUGUGACUGCCUCUUAAGUCCUGAGAAAGUUACAAGAACAAGAGUCUUUUUCCCAGAGGCAAAUGAAGUUAAAUUUGCAAGAAAAUCAGCCUUUGAAGGAUCUUCUCUUAAGUUGGACUAUUUGACAAAGCCAUCAUUUUUUGAGGAUUUUGGUUUUGUUGAGAAAGUCAAAAUGGCAGAUCGUGUGAAGCGAGAAGAUGAACUGUUCCUGGUCGCCUAUCCUUAUUUUAAUGUCAAUGAAAUGCUUGUGGUGGAAGAGCUUUAUAGGGAAGCUGUCACAAACACAACACGGAAACUGAUUAUAUUCAAUGGAGAACUUGAUCGUAUACGAUCUGGCUAUUAUCCACCUUUUUUCUAUCCUAAGCUGGCCUCUCUGUCCAAGACCCUUUUCCCAAUGAUGGAGACUGUGUAUUACAUUCACAAUUUCAAAGGACGCAAUGGAGGUGCUCUUUUCAGGUGUUAUCCAGGUCCAUGGAAAGUCCUAAGAAAAAUGGGGAAUGCUUGCAUUUGUAUACAUCAGCAGGAAGUUAUGCCUUCACUUAAGGAAGUUGCCUUAGAUAUACUGCCAUCUGCUUGAGAAUUUGCAUCUUCCUCAAUCAGAUUGUUCCAUUUGAUGAGACCCUGGUGAACAUAGGCUGAAUCUCUGAGGACGCCAGGAUGGUUCUUAUUUGCAGAACUUUCUCAGGUGCUACUACAACUUGAUCCUUCUGAAAUUCUGGCAGCACUGCAGUGAUAGUAAUAUUGUCCCCAACCUUAUUCUUUAACACAGACACAUGAAAAAUAGGAUGUAUGGAGGCAUCUGGAGGUAGCUCAAGCUUGUAAGCCACUUUACCUACUCGAGCAAGUACCUUGUAAGGCCCAUAAUAUUUAGCUGCCAGUUUAAAGGACUGUCUAAGAGCCAUAGAUGUUUAAUGAUAUGGCUGCAGUUGCAAGAAUACCAUAUCAAAUUCUCUUUCAGGUCUCCUCUUGUCAGCUUGUUGUUUCUCCUGUUUUGAGCUAACUACAAAUUCUCCUUAGAAGUUGGCUUAAGUGUUGUCUAUCCCUCACAAACUGGUCCACAACAUCAACAACCAAUCCAGUAGGUGGUUUUAAGGUAAAACUAGGGGGAGAAUAACCAUAAAGUGCUUCAAAAGGGAACAUUUUAAGUGCACUAUGGGGUGAGGAAUUAUACCACCAUUCUGCCAUAAGAAGCUACUGCACCUAAGAAUUAGGUUUUAAAUGCGCCAUGCACCUGAGAUAGUUUUCUAGGCAUUGAUUCACUCUCCCAGUCUGACCAUCUGAUUGAGGAUGGUAGGCUGUUCCAAAGGCUAAUUUCAUCCCCAAAGAUUUGAAUAAUUCCUGCCAAAAUAAGUUGGUAAAAAUCUUCUCUCUUUCUGAAACAAUCACCCUUGGAAUUCUAUGUAAUUUACAAAUAUUGUCCAUAACAAGAUGAGCCACAGUAGCUACUGAAAAGGGAUGAGAUAAGGGCAGAAAAUAAGCC